UACCACGAGGCCUAAUGUUCGGAACGGAAGAGCAGUUCUAGACGACCCCACUAACGUUUACGUUGACGCAACUGCUACGAUUAUAUGCAGCCUCGGUAUGGAAGCAGAGGAUAAGUCCAUAACCUGUCUAGAAAAUGGUAAAUGGGAACCAGCAGGGUGUUCCAUAAAAGACAACGUUGUUAUAGCAUGUGAUUUUGAAGAACAAGACCAAAAGAAUUUGUGUCAGUGGCACUCAGUAGGCAAAGCAAGGUACAGCUGGACACGUCAUAACGGAGAGACAGGAACCUGGUUUACCGGACCCGACGCUGAUCAUUCGAUAGGCGACUACUGGGGUCAUUAUGUUUACCUAGAAGCUAACGCGCCUGCGGAACAUCAGGACGUCGCACAGUUCGUUCUGCCGUCCUUUACCGGGAACCAGGAGUAUUGUUUUCAGUUUUGGUACCACAUGUAUGGCUCACAGAUAGUAUAUAUGUCGGUUUAUCUACAGGACCUUACCACAAAAGUCACUACAGAAAUGACACGUAUUUUGGGUAAUCAACGCAACAGCUGGCACCAAGCUACCUUCAACAUCACCUCUGAUGUUGUGCAGAACGACUUUUCGAUCGGGAUAGAAAGUGAACGAGGCUUGGGGACAAAAGGAGACUACGCCAUUGACGAUUUAAUUGUUACCAAGGGCUUGUGCAAGGGAUCACAGGAACAUUGAAAAUCUGCUGGUACAUAUAAGGAACUCUAAUUUGACGAGAACUGUAGCCUGGCAAAGUCUUAGAUAGAGUUUUUCGGAUGUACAUAAAAUUUGGGAUUUAACCUUUGUCUGUAAAUAUUUCUGAUAUCUUGUUAUGUACAUAUCAUAUUGUCAUUCUGGAUCUAUAUAUUUUAUAUUGUCAUUUUUGAUCUGUAUAUACAUGUAACAAUAUUAGCAAAUGUAGAUAAUUAUUUUAUACAUUUUCCAGUAAACAAGGGUGCGUCACGUAUUACACACUCAACAAAUUUCCUAAUCGGUCAGUUUUUAUUGUAUUACUAUUUUGUUAAUAAUGCUUGUAUUU